AUGGACGACGACGUGAUGGAAACCGGCCAAACAGAACCGCGUGGAACUAAACGGACAGCUUCUGAUGCGGGCCUCUCGUCAAACGAACACCGCCGAAUAAAAGCUUUAGACCCCGAUGUUGUGAACAAAAUUGCCGCCGGGGAGAUUAUUGUCGCCCCCAUGCAUGCCCUGAAAGAACUCAUUGAGAAUGCUGUAGAUGCGGGAUCAACGUCAAUAGAAAUUCUCGUCAAAGAUGGUGGUCUCAAAUUGCUUCAAAUUACUGAUAAUGGCCACGGAAUUAACAUGGACGAUCUCCCUAUCCUAUGCGAGAGGUUCACAACUUCAAAAUUGAGAGAAUUUGAAGAUCUGGCUGCUAUUGGGACAUACGGAUUCCGGGGCGAAGCGUUAGCUAGCAUCAGUCAUAUUUCUCACCUCACAGUAACUACGAAAACCGCCAGCUCGAGCUGCGCUUGGAGAGCACAUUACAGCGAUGGGAAACUCGUGCCGGCGAAGCCUGGCCAAAGUGCUAAGCCGAAACCUACAGCUGGACGUGGAGGGACUCAGAUCACUGUCGAAGAUCUAUUUUACAAUGUCCCAACACGGCGUCGAGCCUUCCGGUCAGCUAGUGAAGAGUAUGCAAAGAUCCUUGAUGUUGUUGGCCGAUAUGCUGUUCACUGUUCGCAUGUCGCCUUUUCAUGCAAAAAGCACGGCGACUCGGGUGCCAGCAUCUCGACCGCUGUCACAGCUUCGACCAUUGAUCGAAUUCGGCAGAUACAUGGAAGUGCUGUGGCGAACGAACUGAUCACGUUCGACAUUGAGGACAACAAGAGAUUAGGGUUCACAGCAUCCGGUCUCGUAACCAACGCUAAUUAUCAUGUAAAAAGAACAAUCAUUUUAUUAUUUAUUAACCACCGAUCCGUCGAGUCGUCAGCUCUCAAGAAAGCAAUUGAACAGACAUAUUCGACAUUUCUCCCCAAAGGCGGCCAUCCCUUUGUCUAUCUCGACCUCGAGAUUGAGCCCAACCGAGUCGAUGUCAAUGUUCAUCCUACAAAGAGAGAAGUAAACUUCCUUAAUGAAGACGAAAUUAUUGAAUCAAUAUGCAGGGAAAUCACUUCCCGACUGGCCCAAAUGGAUUCCAGCCGGACGUUCAUGACUCAGACUCUUUUGCCUGGCGUACCGAAAAUAUCAGACUUGGAUCAAAGUAACACUCCGACGCGCAAGUCUGGCACGUUACCGUCUUCCCAAAGACCCUACGAAAAUAACCUCAUUCGCACGGAUUCCCGCAUGCGAAAGAUAACAUCCAUGCUACCAUCCCUCAGCACACCUCCACACAAUACUCAAAGAGAACCACAAUCAACAGAUCAAGCCGAAGAGACCGAGAACAGAAACGAUGGUCUUCAUUACGAAACCACCGAGCGGGAGCCACUUCGUAUAGGCCUCUCAUCCGUCAAACGACUCCGCGCCACAGUACGUGCAGAGAUGCACAACGGACUCACCGAACUGUUCUCCGCGCACACGUAUGUCGGUCUUGUCGACGAACGCCGGCGAAUCGUCGCAGUUCAAUCAGGCGUAAAGUUGUAUCUGGUCGACUACGGCAUGAUCUGCAACGAAUUCUUCUACCAAAUUGGGCUGACCGACUUUGGCAACUUCGGCGUUAUCAAACUAGACCCGCCUCCGAAACUGAUUGACCUAAUGCGACUCGGUGCUGAAAUUGAGAGGAGCGAACAUCAAUCUACAACAGAGACAGAUGAAAUGGAAGUGAUCCUCUCCCGAGCCCCAGAAAUGGUCUCCGAAACACUCAUCGAACGGCGCGACAUGUUAGAUGAAUACUUUUCGAUCAAAAUAUCUGACCAAGGCGAACUAUUGACUAUCCCCCUGCUACUCAAGGGCUAUUUGCCGUCAUUAACCAAACUUCCUCGCUUCCUACUCCGAUUAGGUCCAUACGUUACCUGGACGAGCGAGGAGGAAUGUUUCCGUAGCUUCCUACGUGAGCUUGCUGCUUUUUAUACGCCUGAGAACCUACCUCCAGCGCCGCCAUCAAAGCUGUCUAGAUCAACAAUAACGCCACAGAAAAAAACGCAGAACUCAUCUUUUCCGGGAACUCAAGAUGAUAAUGAAGGGGACGAAGACGACGACAAUGAUGACAAUGGUAUUGCAGCACGACGCUUACAGCUCAUACAAAUGCUGGAGCAUGUUCUUUUCCCGGCUAUUCGUGCCAGAUUGGUAGCCACCAAUUCUUUGUUGAGGGGAGUGGUUGAAGUUGCGGACCUGAAGGGAUUGUAUCGGGUGUUUGAGCGGUGUUGA